AUGGCACCCGAAAUUACACCAAAUACCUUUCUCACCACUACAGGUUCUCCGUCAGACCAGAAGACGACAAUUUUCUUCAUCUCCGGCAAUCCGGGUCUGAUCGGCUACUACCACCCAUUCCUCUCUCUCCUCUCAAAGUAUCUAGACCAGCCAAAAGAGAGACAUUCACCAAGCCCACCAUCAUUUCAAAUCCAUGGCUGUUCUCUCAGUGGCUUUGAAAUCAAUGAACACCAGCCGUCGCCGUCACAGGACAAUGGCAUCGAUCUCAACUUGGAAGAUCAGAUCUGCUUUGUUCAGGGAAAGCUCGCUGCCCUGAUGGCAGACGAACCCAACCUUAACGGUACCGUGAAUUCUGGAACCAGACAAAAAGUCAUUCUGAUUGGACACUCCGUUGGUGCAUAUAUCGCCAUGGAAAUCCUGAGGCGACACCGGGAGGAAAGCCCCCAAAGCACCUUCAAUAUCGUCGGCGGAGCGAUGCUUUUCCCGACUGUCAAGGAUAUCGCAGCGUCACCCUCGGGACAGAAAUUGACGACUUUGCUGUCGAUCAUCCCCCGUCUUGCCGUGGUCGUGAGUUUCCUCGCACGACUGCUUACGUUCCUGCUCCCGACAUCGCUUCUUCGAUAUGUGAUCCGCAUGGUCAUGGGUGAUCCCCCCCGUUCAUGCUUUGGACACCACUUGUGCUUUUUUGAAGAGUCCGCGUGGGGUGCGGCAAGCUUUGUAUGUGUUGUAUAUAUGGCUGCCGAUGAAAUGAAGACUAUCACUUCGGACAGAUGGAGUGAUGAUGUCUGGGGUGCUGCAUCGGCGCGCGAGCCUAUCGCUAAGCUGUUUUUCUAUUUUGGUCGUAACGAUCACUGGGUAGCUGAUCAGACGAGGGAUGAUAUUGUCGCGGUGCGUGGGCGGAAGGGAGAACAGGCUGGGCCAACUAUGAUUGUCUGUGAAGAGGGUUUGCCACAUGCUUUUUGUUUGAAACACAGUGAUGUGAUGGCGCAAAAGGUUGCAGGGAUGAUUGGACAGAUUGUGGCCUGA